AUGCACGGCGAGAGGAGAUUUUGCUGCUGCUACUGGUGUUGGUGUUUGAAGGACAUAUUUCAUCGUGGCCUCGCGGCAGAUUUUGGUUGCGUCUGGCGGCUCUGCUGCAAGGCCCAAGUACUCAACGUGGCGUAUUUCAGAGGCAGGUGCGCGGGGCGCUCCUUCAAUCCCCCACCGAGGACCAAGGACACGGGGAAGGAAGCGUCGCCCGAAGCUCCUGCCGUCCGUGCAAGCACUCUGUCUGCAAACACGAAUGGGGAGCAAUGGAUGCACGGGCCAAUUCGAAGAGCGACAGCUAGGGCUGACCUGGACGGCCAAAUCACAUUGGAGCGUGUCAGUAAGUUACGGGGUAAAACUUCUUAG